AUGUCCCAACACCUGGUCUUCACCACAACAAGCAUCCGUAACGUUGUCAUCGCUACGAAGAGCGACAGCAUCUACUACGAGGUCACUACUCCUGAAUGGGAGAGGCAUCUUACACGCAUCCGAAGACUAGACCCGCUUACGAAACAAUACUCAAUCGUCGCUGAAAUUCUUAACGAGGAUGAUAAUCCAGCUGCCGUGCACAUGUACGGGCGAGAGCUGAUACCCGCCGAUGACUUUCUACGACGGGAUGAAAAAGCAGUCGGUGUAUUCAGAGGAAAGGACGGCAGAACUUACACAUGGACUGUGAAGGAUGAUCACCUGGAGCUUUUGCGAAACGAUAUUUCUGAAUACCACCCAUUGGCGGUAUAUCAUAAGCAUCGCCGGUUCAUGCAUGUUCUCCGGGUGUCGGAGCAUCCGUAUCUGGAAGUUGAUCCCAUCGCGCUUGAUACCCUAGACAGCCUCAUUAUCACAUUCCUUCUCGCCGAGAGGAAAAGACGCCUGGGAAAGUGA